CGCAAUAUCAUCCUGGUUCCAUUAAGAUGCUUGACUGAACGUCCUGUCGCGUUCAAAGACUCCACGCUGUCCGUCAGAGUUCCCCUCCAGGAUUUACCUACCAUGGCGCCAGACCGAGGAUCAUCGCCGUGCCCAUCAACGGACGACUAUGAAAGAGCUGAGGAUGCAGGGGACAGUGCGCCAAUCCAUGCGGGGGAUCGCGAUUAUCUGGCCGAGCAGGCUGAGCAGCCGCAAAACUUCACGCUGAGAGGUGUGCUGGUUGGCCUUGCCAUUGGUGUUGUUAUAUGCUUUUCGAACAUGUACUUCGGCCUGCAGACUGGCUGGGUUUCUGGCAUGGCCAUGCCUUCCGCACUUAUCGGAUUUGCAUACUUCAAAGUUGUUGCUCGCACGCUAAAGCUCCCCUUCACGCCAGUGGAAAAUGUACUAGUCCAAUCAGUUGCUGGGUCUGUUGGUACGAUGCCUCUAGGCUGUGGAUUUGUAGGCGUCAUCCCAGCAUUGAACUUCCUCCUGAAGCCAGAAGAGGGUGGACCGCUUGACAUCAGUCUAUGGAAGUUGAUUGUAUGGUCAGUGGGGAUCUGCUUCUUUGGUGUAGUCUUCGCUGUGCCGCUGCGACGGGAGAUGAUCAUCAGGGAGAAGCUGAAGUUUCCAAGCGGAACCGCUACUGCGCUAUUGAUAAAGGUCUUACACGGCAAGAAGGACUACAAGCCCAAUGCCGCACAUGCUAGCCACCACAGCAAUGGAGAAGGCGAUGAGUCGCGAGGCUUACUACAAGACGAGCGCCUCGAAGCCAGAGGCGAAGAGCAAGACUCAGGCGACAACGGCGACUGGAAAGCCAAAAUCCGGCUCCUCGGUAUCGCCUUCGCAGGCUCCGCAUUCUACACCGUCUUAUCCUACUUCAUUCCACAACUGCACGACAUCCCCAUCUUUGGCCUCCCCCUCGCGACGAACUGGCUCUGGACACUCAACCCAUCACCCGCCUACGUCGGCCAAGGCAUCAUCAUGGGCCCCGCAACAACACUGCACAUGCUCCUCGGCGCAAUCAUAGGCUGGGGCAUACUCUCUCCCCUUGCAAAGCACAAAGGCUGGGCCCCAGGUCCCGUGUCGGACUGGACCCAUGGGUCCAAAGGCUGGAUAGUAUGGAUCUCACUCGCCAUUAUGCUCGCAGACUCGCUCGUCAGUCUCGGGUGGCUGGUCAUCCGCCCGCUCAUCGCACUUGCACGACUCUACUACCCCACUGCAAAAGAAACUUUCCACUCGCACACCUGGCGCGAACUCCUCACGCUCAACAUCUCCCGUCAACAAGGCUACACAUCCCUCUCCGAUGGCACGAGCGCAAACCCCAUCACAACCGUCAAACAGCAUCUCAACUCCUCCGAAUCCGACGCACCACCCGAGCACUUAAUCUCGACACGCACCACCUUGAUCGGCCUGGUAGGCUCUCUAGUCCUAUGCAUAGUCGCAGUCCACGUCUCCUUCCCCGGCCUAAUCCCCUUCCGCCUGACCCUCCUCUCGCUCGUCCUCGCACUGUUGCUGAGUGUCAUGGGCGUCCGCGCGCUCGGCGAAACAGACUUAAACCCCGUCAGCGGCAUCUCGAAACUCACACAACUUGUGUUCGCACUCGUGACACCCACGACCGGUCCGGGCGCCAAGAACGCUGUCAUCAUCAAUCUGGUUGCCGGCGCUAUGAGCGAGAGCGCGGCACUGCAAGCAGGUGAUCUGCUGCAGGAUCUGAAGUGUGGACAUCUCAUUGGUGCAGCGCCGAAUGCGCAGAUUUGGGGGCAGGUGAUUGGGAGUGGGGUUGGGGCUGUGCUGUCUGCUGUGGUGUACAAGUUGUAUACAAAUGUCUAUACUAUCCCUGGUGGGUUGUUCGAGGUACCGACCGGGUACGUGUGGGUGUUCACUGCGAGGCUGGUCACUGGUAAGGGAUUGCCGCCUAUGGUUGGAGAAUGGGCGAGUGGAGCUGCGGUCAUCUUUGCGGUGGGUACGAUGAUCAGGGUUUGGGGAACGAACAGGAAGCAGAGGGGGUUGAGCGGGUGGUGGAUUGACUUCGUGCCGGGUGGAAUUGCGGUCGCUGUCGGCAUGUACAACACGCCUUCAUUCACAUUGGCGCGCACAGUCGGUGGUCUCAUCAGUCUGUGGUGGAGGAGAUGGAAGGGCAAGAGCGAGACACCCAUCAUUGUACUGGCCAGUGGUCUGAUCUUGGGAGAAGGGCUUUUCAGUAUUGUGAACUUGCUGUUAGCAAGUUUGAAGGUGCCGCAUCUUUGAGCAAGCCUUCGUUGUAGAAGACGAGUGGUGUUAAUCGUAUGUCAUUCGAUGUCAUUGUUGUAUUGUUCGUAACGCCUUGACCAUGCAUGCGGUCC